GGUGAGCUUCGAAACUCUGAGGAGCGAACGGCAGCGUCGCUAUCGCCAGCGGGGUGGGAAGCAGGCCAACAAAAGAGACGUCGCGGUGCAGUGAUCGAGUGAGAGUGAAAAGUGGCGCGAUUGCCUUUGUAAAAAUGUGCGCAAAGAGCGCGAGAGAAGAAGAGUACGAGGCGCACAUUUGCGGAGCGGAAGACUUCGAGCCGCGAGGCUUGGUUUGCUCGUGACGUCACAGGUUCUGCCGCCCCGGCCGAAAAGCCGACGGCGGCCAUUUUGCAUGCCUGUCGGUACUGUUGAGGAGGAGAAGAAGUUUGAACAAGAUGCCCAUUUGCGGUGCCGUGGGUUGCUCGAACAGACCCGGGGUGAACAGAGAUGUUCGAUAUCACAAAACGCCCCAAAUUAUCGAUAAUCAAGGUGACGAAGCGCGAAUUCUCAGUGAACAGAGACGAAGGUUGUGGAAAAAGGCGCUCAAUCGGAAAGACAUCACGACGGAGGAGCGCUGGGAUCGGACAAUUGUCUGCUCGAGACACUUCGUAAAUGGAGAGAAAGCUUAUCUGCAUUCCAACAGCAGCCCAUCGUGGGUGCCAAGUCUCAACCUGGGCUCGCUUCAGCUCACAUUUGAAUGGGACCGCGAGGCCUUCAAAGCACGAGUCACGAGAUGCCUUCCGUGGACCAGUCUGCAUCAGCCUCAGUAUGAGCAGAUGAGUGAGGGCGACCUGCGCAAAGUAGCCAGUGAAGUGUUCCGGAAAAUGAAGAUUUCUGAAGAACAGGCCGUCGCCAUUGAGCAAGUAACGAGGCAGCGCUCCAAACGCUCUGCGUGGUACCGGCAGCGUGCGGGACUGGUGACGUGCGCCACCGUCAAAGCGCUGAUCAAUACCAGCGUCCUCAAACCGUGCCGAUCGCUAAUCCACAAGAUCUGCUACCCGGAAAGCUGUCAACUCGGCGCAGCGGAGGAAGAAGAUACGCGGUGGGGGUGUCGCCACCAAAAAAGUGCCAUGAAGCUGUACUCUUUCAUCCAAGGCGCAUCCCAUACGGACUUCCGAACUCGCGAGUGUGGAUUUUUUGUGUGGAAGGAAAACCCCCACAUGGGCGCCUCGCCGGACGCCAUCGUGAGAUGUCGAUGUUGCGGCCUCGGCUGCUUGGAGAUCAAAUGUUGCCACUGUCGAAAGCCCAAAAGCUGGAGCGCGGUUGAGCGGGAUCAUCCCUACUGCCUUGGCGGCGCCGACGACCUGGCUAAUAUUUCUUUAAAGCAAGACAGCGCUUAUUACUUCCAAGUGCAAGCGCAGAUCCUAAUUACGCAAAGUCAUUACUGCGAUUUUGUGGUGAUGAAUGGGGGCGCCAUAUCCGUCCGGCGGAUCAAAUAUGACAGAGAUUUUUUGAACGCCGUAGUUGACACGGUUAAUAUCUUGUACCGCCAUUUGAUUCUGCCAGAGUUAUUAGGCAAAUUAUAUUCUAGAAGUGGCGCAGCAGGCGAACUAUCGGGUUCCGCCUCAUCAGACCACGCAAAUUAAACUUUGUGGUAGGAAAGAAGCUGAGCUGAGAGCGCGACGCUUUGUCGUUUGGCGCCGCAGGGCCUCGCAAUCGAGGCCUUUUCACAAGAUUUGCGUCGGACUGAGCGAGGCCGCCUGCCAAAAACUGAUCGUGGGUUGAUUCCAAAGAAGCGAAAAAUGUGAAGUCAAAUGCCAGCGGCGCAACCUCUGUGGCCUUUUUGUCCGUCGGCCUCUUCAAACUUUGCCGCUCUUGCGUUUUCGGGCUGAGAAUCCAAAACACUUCCAUUCGGACACUCGCCGGAGCUGACAAGGUGGGACUCGGAACUACUGGACUGACAGACCGCCGUUUGGGGUCCGAUGGAAACGUCAGCCCGCGUUUCCGACCGCUGUUAUUAUGACGCGCGCGACAGCAGCGCAGCACAUUUUUGGCCUUUUUCUAAUCUGGGAGAGGAAAAUAAAGACUUUUUUUGGUUGUUGUU